AUGAAAAACCAGAACCGAAGCUGGAUGUAUGAUAGAACGUAUGAUCAGAGGCGGGGUCUUAAACCCAGUUUUAUUAAAGGGGUAAAUGAAUUUGUGGAUGUGUGUACUAGAACUCAUGAAUUUCUCAAAGGAGGUUUAGUUAGGUGUCCAUGUGCCAGAUGUCAAAGUGGGACGUUUAAACAGUUGGUCGACAUUAAGAUUGAUCUAUAUACUCAUGGGUUUAAACCUAAUUAUUGGGUUUGGAUAGAGCAUGGAGAAGAGAUACCCACAGAGAAUCAGAUUAGGAUAGAAGAAGAUAUUGAAAGUAGCUCUGAAUUAGAUGGUGUUACAUGGGAAGAAAAUUUUGAUCGUUAUCAUGAGAUGGUUGUUGAUGCUUUGCAACUUGAGUUUCACAUGUACAUGCAACCAACAGUGGAGGAACCAAAUCGAGAUGCUAAAAGAUUUUAUGACCUCUUAGAUUCAGUUAGUAAACCCUUGUGGGAAAAUUGUAUCCAUUCACGAUUGUCACUUGCUAGUAGGAUGCUGAGUAUAAAAUCAGAGGGAAACCAAUCCCAGGGAUCUUUUGACCAGUGGGCAACUUUGUUUAGAGAAAUGCAAACAACUCCAAAUGAAAUUCCUGCGAAUUACUAUGAAGCUAAGAAAAUUGUUUUCCAACUUGGGUUUAAGGAGGUUAAGAUAGAUUGUUGUGUCAAUGGUUGUAUGAUAUAUUACAAAGAGGAAAAAGAUCUUAGACAAUGUAAAUUUUGUGGGGAGCAGAGAUUUAAGCCUAGGAAGGAAAAAAAUAAAGAGGUGCCAUAUAAAAGAAUACAUUAUUUGCCAUUGAUUCCAAGGCUACAAAGGUUGUAUGCAUCAAUGAGUACUGCCCCUCAUAUGUUGUGGCAUCACCAAAAUCGCAGAAAUGACGACGUGAUGACACAUCCUUCCCAUGGUGAAGCAUGGAAACAUUUUGAUACCAAGCAUCCUCAUUUUGCAAGCGAACCGCGUAAUGUUAGACUUGGACUUUGUUCUGAUGGGUUUUCUCCUAAUGUUCAUUUUAGCACACCGUACUCUUGUUGGCCUGUUAUAGUUACCCCUUAUAACCUUCCACCUCAUAUGUGUAUGAAAGACCCUUUUUUGUUCCUAACGUGCAUCAUACCCGGAAAAGAAAAUCCCAAAGCAAAAAGUGAUGUUUAUCUUCAACCAUUGAUAGAUGAACUUAAAGAGUUAUGGGAUGAAGGCGUCCUAACAUACGACAUUCAUAGCAAGAGUUAG